GCAAUUUUCACGUAUUGACGGAACCUUCAUCUUUACUUCCACCCCACCACCACUUCUCUCUCCGUCUUCCAGAAGCCCAUCAUUUCAUACUUUCUCAAUCUGGACUCCUGAUUCGUUAAUUGUGAUUGCUACCUACAAAAAAUCCAAUAGUAUGACUUUUCUCCUUUCUAUCCCCUUUACUUCAACUCAAUCUAGUAUACCAUGUUUAUAACUGCUUUUCGUUUUCUAACUUUGGUCAUCACUUUCAGUUCUACUAUAUAUAUAGUGGGGCUCUUGGCCUCAGUUGUCCACUCAGACUCAUAUUGCGGAAUUUGUUCCCACACUUCAAUUUUUCAAAAAAGCAAAACAUCCUCUCCAAUCAUAUUCGUUCAUUCUAUAUCCUUUGUGAAUUAUAAUUAGUUCCCCUUUUAGAAAAUGAUGGCCGGAAAAGACAGCAACUCCCCACAACCGCUGGUAGCCGGCGAUGCAGAGGCUGCAGCCGCCAACUCCAGAGAGCUCCGGAAGAAGAAGCGGAUUAAGUACCUUCUCUAUUUUAUUGCUUUUGUUAUAUUCCAAACUGCUGUGAUAGCCAUCUUCGUGUUAACUAUCAUGAAAGUCAGAACCCCAAAGUUCCGGGUCCGGGCUGCGACCUUUGACCCGUCCAACUCCAACACCGACGCCGCAACAUCAUCUUUCAAUUUCACGAUGAAUACCCGGCUCGACGUGAAAAAUGCCAAUUUCGGAAAAUACAAAUACGAGGAGACGACGGUGAACUUCUUUUACAGAGGUACUCCGGUCGGGGAGGUCUCAAUUCCGAAAUCAAGCGUGGGAUGGAGAAGCACCAAGAAAGUCAACGUGGUGGUCAAAUUAGGUUCUGAUAAGGUACAAUCCAGUUCGGAACUUGGAAGUGAACUUAAGGCUGGGAUUUUAAGGAUUAAUAGCAGAGCUGAGAUGAAGGGCAAAGUGAGGCUGAUCUUUAUAUUUAGCAAGAAAAAGUCCACCAAUAUGGAUUGUUCCAUGGAUAUUGCCAUAACGCCCCCACAGCUGGUCAACAUCUCCUGCAAGUGAUCUUCUUCAUACACUCAUGCAGAUUUUGUCCCCUUGUUUAUUUGCUUUUUAGUAUCUAAUUUUCUCCCAUUUCUCUGCAGCUAGACUUUUCAGUUUUGUGAAAUAUUCAUGUUGUUUUUAUACAUUCGGAUUAUACGGUUGCGUACAGAUGUUCUUCGUUAUUUUUCUACUUGUAUUUGUUGAUGAAUAUGCAUUUUUUUAUUUUCCUGGGUAUAUAUAUACAUGCAUGUGAAUCUUUAAAAAAGGGCUGUCUUAACUCCGAACAAAUAUGUCUGAAAUCAACAAUAUAAAAACAGAACAAUUCUUUCCUUUUCUAACUGUAAAGGGG